CUAGAAAGAAGAAGCAUUUGUUGUUAUUAAGGGCGCACGCUAGUUUAAUUUAUUUUUCGCAAUUUGUUAAUGAAUAUCGUACAUUUUACAGAAAUUUAACAUAAAAUCAACACAAAAUGCCUAAAGAACAGUUCCGCGAGGCGGAUUUGAUAAAGAAAAUAUCACAUGUUCAGUUUUGCAUCAGCAGCCCCGAGGAGAUUCAACAGGAAUCUCACCUACGGAUAGUUUCUAAAAACCUCUAUCAGGCACAACGCCAACCCGUUCCAUAUGGCGUUUUGGAUCGUCGCAUGGGCGUGAGCAGUAAAGAUGCCACCUGUGAGACCUGCGGCCAAGGUCUUAAUGAGUGUAUUGGGCAUUUUGGUUAUCUGGAUUUGGCUUUGCCGGUCUUUCAUAUUGGCCACUUUCGCUCGACCAUUAAUAUUUUACAAAUGAUCUGUAAAUCCUGUUCGCAUGUUAUGCUCAAGGAAUCGGAGAAGAAAAUCUAUGAGAAAAAGUUGCUGAAUCCAAAUUUUAGCUAUUUGGCCAAGAAGGCGUUGCAUGGUCAAAUUUUGACCAAGGCUAAAAAGUCCACAAAAUGUCCAAAUUGUGAUGCCGUCAAUGGUGGCGUUAAAAAGGGACCGGGUUUAUUGAAAAUUCUACAUGAUCCCUAUAAGGGUAAGAAACAGGAUCCCUUGAUGAGCAAAGAUUUGGAUGAGUUAAUGCAGGCUACCGAUAAUAAUCGUGAACUAAAUCAAAUGUUGAGUAGCUACAAUCACAUGGAGGAGCUGAAUCCUUUGACGGUGUUGGAAUUGUUUAAAAGUAUACCCAAACCUGACAUACCCUUGUUGGGUAUGACCUGUGAGGGUGCAAAUCCGGCGAAUUUGAUUGUGACCAGGGUAUUUGUGCCGCCGGUGUGUAUUAGGCCAUCGGUGGUGUCGGAGGUUAAGGCGGGAACAACCGAAGAUGACUUGACCAUGAAACAAAGUGAAAUCUUGCUCAUCAAUGAUGUGAUACAAAAACACAUGACAGGUGGUGGAAAAAUUGAAUUGAUCCAAGAAGACUGGGAUUUCCUACAAUUGCAUGUGGCCUUGUAUUUCCACAGUGAAAUCUCUGGUAUUCCCUUGAACAUGGCCCCCAAGAAAACCACUCGUGGUUUGGUGCAACGUCUCAAAGGCAAACAGGGUAGAUUUCGUGGUAAUCUCUCCGGCAAACGUGUGGAUUUUUCGGGACGUACUGUCAUAUCUCCCGAUCCAAAUCUUAUGAUACAUCAAGUAGGUGUACCAGAAAGGGUGGCCAAGAUCCUCACCUAUCCGGAACGCGUAAAUCCGGCAAAUAUACAAAAAAUGAAGGAACUUGUCAAGAAUGGUCCCAAUGUCCAUCCCGGUGCCAAUUAUGUCCAGCAAAGGGGAUCGACUUUUAAAAAGUAUUUGGCCUAUGGUAAUCGCGACAAGGUGGCCCAUGAUUUGAAAUGUGGUGAUAUUGUGGAACGUCAUCUCUGUGAUGGUGACAUUGUGCUGUUCAAUCGCCAGCCUUCGUUGCAUAAAAUGUCCAUUAUGUGUCACCAGGCUAAGGUGCAACCGCAGCGAACCUUUCGUUUUAAUGAGUGUGCCUGUACACCCUACAAUGCUGAUUUCGAUGGCGAUGAAAUGAAUUUGCAUUUACCCCAAACCGAAGAGGCCAGAGCUGAAGCCUUGAUAUUGAUGGGCAACAAAUCGAAUUUAGUUACCCCCAAAAAUGGUGAAAUCUUAAUUGCAGCCACCCAGGAUUUCAUAACCGGAGGUUAUUUGUUGACACAAAAAGAUGAGUUUUUGACCAAGGAACAAGCAAUGCAGUUGGUGGCAUGUUUUUUGGCUGGUCCAGAUGCAAACAUGCAAAUUGAUAUGCCACCACCGGCCAUUAUGAAGCCGCGUCGUCUUUGGACAGGCAAACAGAUUUUCAGUUUACUGCUCAAACCCAACAAACAGUGUCCGGUUAAUGUGAAUCUCAUUACCAAGGGCAGGAAUUAUACGAGCAAUUAUGAUUUGUGUGCCAAGGAUUCGUGGGUCAUUAUACGUAAUUCCGAGUUACUUUGUGGUUCCAUGGAUAAAAGCACCAUGGGCUCGGGUACCAAAAACUGUGUUUUCUAUGUUAUCCUUAGGGAUUUUGGUGAGACAUUUGCCACCAAAUGCAUGUGGCGUCUGGCAAGGAUCGCCUCCUAUUUCAUACAAAAUCGCGGUUUUUCAUUUGGCAUCAGUGAUGUGACACCCAGUGCCCGACUAUUGGAGGAAAAACAACGUCUGCUGGAGAAGGGCUAUGCCAAGUGUGAUGAAUAUAUUUUGGAAAUGAAAAAGGGUACACUGCAAUGUCAGCCGGGUUGUACCCCAGAACAGACACUAGAAGCGGUUAUGUUAAGAGAACUCUCCAGUAUUCGUGAGCAAGCGGCCAAGGCAUGUUUCCGCGAACUGCAUCCCACAAACAGUGCUCUGAUUAUGGCUCUAUCCGGUUCGAAGGGUUCCAACAUUAAUAUAUCACAAAUGAUUGCCUGUGUGGGCCAGCAGGCCAUUAAUGGUAAACGUGUGCCAAAUGGUUUUGAAAAUCGUGCCCUGCCGCAUUUUGAAAAGUUUUCUGCCAUUCCCGCUGCCAGAGGUUUUGUGCAAAACAGUUUCUAUUCCGGUCUAACACCCACCGAGUUUUUCUUCCACACCAUGGCUGGCAGAGAGGGUCUGGUAGAUACGGCCGUAAAAACCGCCGAAACUGGUUACCUUCAAAGACGUUUGGUCAAAUGUCUGGAAGAUCUGGUGGUCCACUAUGAUGGUUCGGUGCGCAAUGCCAUUGGUGAAAUUGUGGAACUCAUAUAUGGUGGUGAUGGUUUGGAUCCAGUCUUUAUGGAAGUCAAAAACAAACCUGUGGAUAUGGUAAGGCAACUGAACCACCUAAGAGCCUGUUGCCCCUAUCGCAAUGAGGAACCGCUACCGGCCGAGAAAAUCAUGGAAACAACGAAAAAUAUUUUAAAGGAAGAAGAGUUUACCAUGAGCCGAAAGGAUUUCCAAAAUGAAGUUGUAUCCUUCAUCGAAAAGGUCUCCCAGAAAAUCACCAAAGUCCAGGAGAAAUACAAAGAUCAUCCCAAACUGGGCCAUGAAGUAGAACGCUUGACGGAGGGACAAAUACGCACCUUUAUGCGCUGGGUCAAUGACAAAUAUAAUCGAGCCGUAACCGAACCCGGCACAGCGGUGGGAGCUGUGGCCGCCCAAAGUAUUGGUGAACCCGGCACUCAAAUGACAUUGAAAACUUUCCAUUUUGCCGGUGUCGCCUCCAUGAACAUUACCCAGGGUGUACCGCGUAUUGUGGAAAUUAUCAAUGCCACCAAGACCAUAUCGACACCCAUUAUCACAGCGGAAAUAGCCAAUAACACAAGCAUGGAAUUUGCCCGUAAGGUUAAGUCACGCAUAGAAAAGACCACCUUGGGAGAGAUUUCGUCGUACAUUGAGGAAGUCUACAAACUGGACGAUUGUUAUUUGGUCAUCAACUUAGAUUUAAAUCGUAUUAAGGUUUUGGGUUUGGAAAUCAAUGCGGAGACCAUUCGAUAUUCGAUUUGUACCUCCAAAUUGCGCAUCAAACCAGCCUUGGUGGACAUUAUGGGUUCCUCCAUUAUUAUUGUGCGCAUUGAUAGCUCCAAACAUGGAGCUGCCUUGAAUGCUGAAUUACAACGUUUAUCCUCGGCCAUACAAAAUGUGGUGGUAGCUGGUCUGCCACAUAUCUCCAGGGCUGUUAUUGCCAUUGAUGAUUCCCGACAACCGGCCACAUAUAAGUUAUGUAUAGAAGGUGCUGGCCUAAGGGAUGUUAUGGCCACAUAUGGUGUUGUGGGUACCAAGACAAAGAGCAACAAUAUUUGGGAGGUUUACAACACCUUGGGUAUAGAGGCGGCACGCACAACAAUUAUGACUGAAAUUACCGAUGUCAUGGAGGGUCAUGGCAUGAGUGUGGAUCAUCGCCACAUUAUGUUGCUGGCUAGUCAAAUGACAUCACGUGGUGAGGUUUUGGGUAUAACACGUCAUGGCCUGGCCAAAAUGCGGGAAAGUGUUUUCAACCUGGCCUCGUUUGAAAAAACCUCGGACCAUUUGUUCGAUGCCGCCUAUUUUGGUCAAACCGAUGCGGUAGAUGGUGUCUCGGAACGCAUUAUAUUGGGUAUGCCAGCCUCCAUUGGCACUGGCCUCUUUAAACUGGUACACAAUCAUCAAGACACCGAACUACCCGAAAUACAAGCCCCCAUAUUUUCUUCGGCUGCGGCGUGAUAGCAGUGAGUCCUUUAAUGCUUUUUGAAAAUGCCUUUUUAAAAUAAAAAAACAAACAAGACUCCAACAUCUGGUUACUUUCCUAUAUAUUUUGUGUUAUGUUAUAUUUGUUAUAUAUCGCUCUUGAAUGGGGGGGAUAUAAACGUCCCCCGAUUUAAAAUCUUUUUUGGAUAUAAAGGAAAAAGAAAUGGGCAUUUUCUCUCAACAGCAGGUUAUCGCAUCAACUCGCUAGCAAAACAUGGGUUAUUUAGAUACAAUAAUAUUUAAUAAUAAAGACUAAGCCUACAAAUUACGAAUAUAAAGAAGAAGAAGAAG